AUGUACCUCCCACGCCGCCGCCGCCGUGCACCUCCUGCAGAGCCUAGGUCUCCUGCUACCGGCUACCCAGACCAUCCUCCAGCCGCCUCGCUCUCUCGUCGGCCACCUCGCUCCCACCGCCGGCUUCCCUCGGCUCCCGGCCCGCCAGUCUCCGUCCCUCCGGCAGUUCCCUCCACCUCUGGUGCCUCGGCUCCCAGCCCGCCGCUGGCCAAAGCUUUCUCCGACAGCCUGCUUCCCUCCUCUCCAGCGUCCUCUAAACAGGCGGACCCGCGCCCGCCACGUGGCAGGCGGCCACUGGCCCGCGGUCAACUACCAUACACUGAGUCAUCUGCCACGUCAUCCACCACUCAGACUGCCCAGUCAGCAGUCCGUACAGUACGAAUGACCAGUCAGCAGGAAGGUGAAGUUUUCACAAUGGUCAUAUGGCCGUCAAAUUUAAGGUCGUGA